AUGGCGCCUGACUGCGCCGUGCUGCCCACGGCCCGCCGCAAGUCGUGUGUCGCCUGCACCCGGGCGAAGCGGCGCUGUGACCUGGUCGUGCCGCAGUGCUCCCGCUGUGUAGAGAGGCAGCUCGACUGUGUCUACACUCCCGUCGUCUCACACCGCAAGCGCCGGGCUGUCCACAACAACACAUCUCAGCAGCAGCAGGGGAGCAGUCGAAGCAGCACUGCCCAUCCCCAACCAGACUUCGGUUUCGAUAUCGGCAACUUCUGCCUCGAUGAUACCAACAUGGCUCCAGACAUGGACAACUACGUCGUGGCCGGAGACAUGGCCGGCAUGGAAGCCUGCCUCCUCCACCCCGAGAAUCUGGUCCCUGGCGGCCCAGGCUUCGACAUCAUGGACUCGAUAUUCUCCACCAAUCUCAACAACGCGGCAUCGUCGCUGCCAAUGCCCUUCGACUUCAACAUCGCGGUCGACAGCAGCAACAGCUUCGACCCCGGCAAAGCUCUUGUUCCCCCACCCAAACCAUUUACCUUCCCACAUUCACCCCAAACCAACAGCAGCCCACGCGCUAUCUACGCCAAUGCCGACCCGCGCCUGCAGCAUGCAGCCGAGCAAUUCUGCUCAGCCCCUCUGCAGAUGGUCACUUCCUGCCACACGCCCUGGUCCCAUCCUCUACUCUACACGCACGACAACAGCAGCACCGGCAGCACCAACAACAACAGCAAUCUCCCCCGUUCCAUCGCCAUGGCACAGGCCUGCUGUGCCUUACACAUUGCAAGAAACAAGGCCAACACGGGCAUGAUUACCCGCAACAUUAUCCAGCGCGCCAGGGAGGUCUGCCAGGAGCCUUUCCCCAGCGCAGCAACCUCCUCGGCUCGCGGGAACGACGAUGAUAACUUGACAUUCAACGUCCUGGCGCGGACCCAGGCCUUGUUGCUGUUCCACAUCAUGCUGUAUCUGGACAAUGACGCUCUGGCUAGAGAAACAAUCCAGAUUACGGGCAGGGAGCUCGAGCGUGCGAUGGUGACGCUGCACGAGCGCACGAGAGCGUCGAGCUCGCCGUAUCCGGAAGGCAAUGAGCCGCCGCCGCCGAGGAGCUUGAAGAGUCUAGCCAGGGCCCAAGAGCGAGAGCAAGGGGUCCGGUCGAUGCUGGUCACCGCAGAGACGUCGGCGGGCUCCUGUCUGGACCUUGAAUCAUUGGACGAAAGCGAUGAUGACGAAGAAGCGGCGGAAAUAGCAGAGCUUUUGUCGUCGUCGCCGUGGCUCAACAAAGGGGCACUACCACCUCAUCAUCCGCCGUUGCGACGACCCAAGAGGUCAGCAGCACCAAACCAGACCGCUACCACCACCUCCCACAACAAUAACAACAACAAUUGCAAACCCCAAACAACCGCCAAACCGAUGCCCGUCUUCCUACCCGUCUCGCCACUCACGACAACCCGCCCAACAUGGCACGCCUGGAUCCUGCACGAGUCCUGCCGCCGCACGGUGCUCGCGGCGGGAAUAUUCCAGCUCCUACAGCAGCUGCUGGGCGGCCACAUCCCCAAGGAGUGCCCCGGCCUGGGCUCCAUGCUCGAGUUCUGCUCCGCCCCCUGGACGGUCUCGCGUGAGUGCUGGGAUGAGGCUGCCGACGCUGUAGAUUUCGCGGUGGGCUGGAACCGGAGGGGUUGGACGGUCUUGCGGGUCGCCGAUCUCGAGCACGGCAUGCCAGAUAUCAGCCCGCAACACAUCGACACGUUCUCAAAAAUGAUCAUUACGUUGCUGUUCGGCAUCGACGAGACGAAAGGAUGGCUGCUUGCGCGGGGCGGGACGAAGUCGUGA